UACAUCAACUUCGGCCUCGCCCCCGCCGUCCUCUCCGCUGCCCCUCGCCGCCCCCCCUCCUCCCCCGCCACCGUCGUCGUCGUCGGCGCUGGCCUCGCGGGCCUUGCCGCCGCCCGCCAGCUCCUCGCCCAAGGAUUCAAGGUCGCCAUCCUCGAGGGUCGCCACCGCCCCGGUGGCCGCGUCCUCACCCGCAAGAUGCAAUCUCCCGACGGUGCUACCGUCGCCGCCGCCGACCUCGGCGGCAGCGUCCUCACCGGCAUCAAUGGCAACCCCCUCGGCGUCCUCGCCCGCCAGCUUGGCUUCCCCCUCCACAAAGUCCGCGACAAGUGCCCCCUCUACCUCCCUGAUGGCCGCCCUGUGGACCCUGUCGUGGACUCCCGCGUCGAGGCCUCCUUUAACCAGCUCCUCGACAAGGUCUGCAAGCUCCGCCAGGCCAUCACUGACGAGCUCAAGUCCGUCGAUGUCUCCCUUGGCACUGCCCUCGAGGCCUUCCGCCAGGCCUAUGGUGUCGCUAACUCUCUUGAGGAACGGAUGCUGCUGGACUGGCACCUCGCCAACCUUGAGUAUGCCAAUGCCACCCUCCUCUCCAACCUCUCCAUGGCUUUCUGGGACCAGGAUGAUCCCUAUGAAAUGGGCGGUGACCACUGCUUCAUCCCCGGGGGCAAUGCCCACUUUGUUCGGGCCCUUGCUGAGAACCUCCCCAUCUUCUAUGACCAGACCGUGACUCGAAUUCAAUAUGGGAGCGACGGGGUGAUGGUGUAUGCCAACGGGCAGGUCUUUCGGGGUGACAUGGCCCUCUGCACGGUCCCCCUCGGCGUUCUUAAGAAGGACUGCAUUGAAUUUGUCCCCGAGCUCCCACCACAGAAGCAGGAGGCCAUCAAACGAUUGGGUUUUGGGCUGCUGAACAAGGUGGCAAUGCUGUUUCCUUAUGAUUUCUGGAAUGGCGAGAUCGAUACGUUCGGCCACUUGACUGAGGAUUCAAGCGAGCGAGGUGAAUUUUUUCUGUUCUAUAGCUAUUCUUCAGUCUCUGGUGGGCCGCUGCUUGUUGCUCUUGUCGCAGGGGAGUCUGCUAUCAAAUUUGAGACAACUUCGCCGGUGGUGCACGUGGAAAAAGUAUUAGAGGUUCUCAAGAGGAUCUUUGCCCCAAAGGGUAUCGAAGUUCCCAAACCAAUUCAAGUGAUAUGUACUCGAUGGGGGUCGGAUAAGUUUGCUUAUGGUUCCUAUUCUUAUGUUUCUGUUGGGUCUUCUGGUGAUGAUUAUGAUGUGUUAGCUGAGAGUGUGGGUGAUGGAAGGAUCUUUUUUGCUGGAGAGGCAACAAACCGGCGGUAUCCAGCAACAAUGCAUGGAGCUCUCCUUAGUGGGUUCAGAGAGGCUGCUAACAUAGUGAGGGCAGCUAGGAGGAGGUCCAUGGUGCCAGUGAUGGAGAAAACGGAUGCUAAAGAGGAAGUUUUGGAUUUGGAUGACCUGUUCCGAACUCCUGAUCUCUCUUUUGGAAAUUUUUCAGUUCUUUAUGACCCGUGUUCUUCAGGGUCUGACUGUACUUCAUUGGUGCGUGUAGGGAUUGGUGAGAGGAAGUCUGGUUCCGGUUCCCUUUUCCUUUAUGGACUGAUUUCAAGGAAACAUGUGUUGGAAUUGGCUGAGAUUGAUGGUGAUGAGAAGCGAUUGAGUGUGUUGUACCGCAGCUUUGGCACCAAAUUAGUUGGGAGGAAUGGAUUGGGCAUUCUUGGGGAGAAUAUUACAGGGCGUAUAAGAGCUGCAAGAAGAGGUAGUUUGACUACAGGAAUUGUAAAUGGAGUGCAUCAUGCCUAGAAACUUCUUAUAUAUGGCCAGUGCAUUCAUCACCUGAGUUAAAACUGGACCUGGCAGCAAAAAGUUGCUGGUUCAUAUCAUUCCUCGUGGAGGCAUGGGAGAAGAUCAUAAUCUGUAUUCAGCGAAAGAGCGUGGAGACAUUGUCUGGAAGGAACAUCGGGAUGUUGCAUUCAAUUCUUUCUUUCCUUGAAUUAGGUACUUCUAGCUAACCCUGGCAUCAUGAUCUUUAAUAAUUAUAUUUCGCUGAUUGAGUAGGGCCGAGCUGUUUGCUUCGGUGACUUUAGCAUUCUUGUCCAUCAUCUGUUUAGACCUAACUAUCUGCUAAGCCAGAGGCUUUUUUAUGGAUCUAACAAUCGCCAUGAGAUGGGUUACAUUAUUUGUCAUAUUGGGUAUAUAAAGUUUGCAUGAUAAUAGGUAUCUGGAGGCCCUUGCUUUAGCUAACAAA